CCUGGCAUCCCAAACAACCUCCGCCUGCAUUCACCCGAUACACCCUCGAGCCUCGACAACCUCUCAAUCUUCACAGUCCUGAUUGUCGUCAUAUAUAGCUUCCCCACCGGGCUCGCCACACUCGACGCGUCACAUCCAAUUGAGCUGCUCCUGUGCUCCCGGGCCUCUCAAUCCCCAUGGCACGAAUCCCCCCCUCCGUGCUUCGCAGAUACCUGUUCGGGGGCCACCUUCCCACUGGUGGAUGUCUCCGACAAGUGAGACAUUGCCGACCAACCGCACACUCGCUGUCUACAAAAAGAUAUCACGGAACACAGGUGCCCAGUGCAAAUACAGAAUCUGCCGGCCCCGAAACCACAAUCCCGUUCCGCAAGCAGUUGAAAGAUGAAGCAAAGAAGAGGAAGGCCGAGGGCACGGGGAAGAAGUCGAAGCAGGAUAGCCAGAAGCUAGACAGCUGGGAACUGACGGUCGGCAUCGAGAUCCACGCCCAGCUAAACACCGCACGAAAGCUCUUCUCCGCCGCCUCCUCCAGCAUCAACGAUGCCCCCAACACACACGUCGCCCUCUUCGAUGUUGCAAUGCCUGGCUCCCAACCUACAUUCCAGAAGGAAACCCUAAUACCUGCCCUCCGGGCUGCGCUAGCAUUGAACUGCGAGAUCCAGAAAACGAGUCGUUUCGAUCGUAAGCAUUACUUUCACUGGGAUCAACCGGCCGGGUACCAGAUCACCCAGUACUAUGAGCCGUUUGCGAGGGAUGGACAUAUUACGCUAUUUUCACAUGAUGGGAUUGCGGCGGAAGAUGGGGAGCAGGUGAAGAUUGGGAUUAAGCAGAUACAGAUGGAGCAGGAUACCGCAAAAACAAUCUCGCAGCCUGGGGAAAUACACCUGCUGGAUUUCAACAGGGUUGGGCUCCCCUUAAUUGAAAUCAUCACGCUCCCGCAGAUACACCAUCCGAGUACGGCUACUGCGUUGGUCAGGAAGAUACAGCUCUUGUUGAAUGCGGUGGAUGCUUGUGUACUUGGAAUGCAAUCCGGCGGUUUACGAGCAGAUGUCAACGUAUCGGUUCGAAGACGUGACUCUCCCUCCACAUCUUCAAAUUCAUACGGGGGAGUGACAGGUCUCGGCCAAAGGACCGAAAUCAAGAAUUUAAGCAGCUUCAAAGCCGUCGAAGAUGCCAUCAUCGCCGAGCGGGACCGGCAGAUUUCCGUCCUCGAGAACGGUGGGGUGAUUGAAGGCGAGACUCGAGGCUGGACGAUCGGCAGCACGGAGACGAAAAGACUACGAGGAAAAGAAGGGGAGGUGGAUUACAGGUACAUGCCCGACCCCGACCUCGCACCCGUCGUCAUCGGCGACGACCUCAUCGAACACCUCCAGUCCACCCUCGGCGUUCUGCCGGAUGAAGAAAUCCUUAUCCUGACCAAGGAGUACGGCCUCACAACCAAGGACGCCAUGUCGCUCAUCUCGCUCAACGAGGGCGGGAGAGUGGAGUAUUUCCGUAACGUGGUCGAUGAAUACCUUGCUAUCAGUUCUGAGGAACCGACAGAGGAGGUAGGGAAGCUGUGUGGGAACUGGGUGUUGCAUGAGAUGGGAGGUCUUGCAAAUGAUCUUGCGGAUGAGGAGAAUCCGCUUAAGAUAACUUCGAAAGGCGAUAGUGUCAUCCCAGCAAAACAACUGGCGCAACUUGUGCAGUUCCUCUCUCUUAAAAAAAUCACUGGGAGGACGGCGAAGAAGGUUCUUUCGGAAUUGUUUGAAGCUGGGUUGACGGGCAAAGAGGAGACGGCGCAGGGCAUCAUUGAGAGGGAAGGGCUGUGGUUCAGGCCUUUGUCUGACGCGGAAUACGACGAUUUAGCCAGGGAGAUACUGGAUGGCAAUACGAAGGUGGUAGAAGAGAUCCUUGCUGGAAAGGAAGGCAAAAUCAACUUCCUCGUUGGGCAGAUGAUGCGAGCGGAUCAGGAUGGGAGGGUUGAUGCUACGAAAGCGAGGGAGGUUGUGAGGAAGCUUAUCGAGGAGCAUAGGUAAAGGAAAGCUGGCGGGCCGGAUGAGUAGCCCCCCCCCCCAACCUUCCUUGUUGCCAAUUGAUCAAUGUCAUCAAUAACAUUCAAUACAUCUUGAAGCUCAGUUGCCUCCUUAUUAUAAAUUGACCUCCAUUGCGAUGGACUGAGAUAUCUUUGAAUUCUUUAUUUGUACCAAGGCAAUCAAACAUACUGAGCAAUAGCUCGGUGGAGCCUCCUCUCCUGCCCCGAUCACCGUUCAGCCAAGUGUCUUACCGUCUGCGCUCGAAUAAAUGUUCAUCACAGCUCGCGAGCGCUUCAUCGUUGCUGUUAUUGGUCACUCGGUCACAUAAGUCGGGUCUUGUGAAGGUCAGCGGUUAUUUGUAUAUUUUUAAACUAGAAACGUC